AUGAUAUCCUCAUUGUUCACCAUCAAACUGCUCAAAGUGUCUCCAGCUUUGGCUGUAGUUGGCUACAGUUUGGCUAGACACGUCUCCUCACAUCGUCAAAUACAUUCAUCAAAUGCACUAAUUCCUUAAAGGCUCGGCCAAAUUCAAAUAGAGGGAGAGGAAGUCAGCUAACUGCCAAAAUGGCAUUAAUGAGUCUAAUUCAGGUGUGGUUAAUUAGCGCUGAGGCAGUGGCGGGCUCAGCUGGAGGCAGUUUACAGCAGGAGCACACAAGGGACACAAAGUCUGGGUGCUCUCUGAUGAUGGAUUAUGCUAUGAAGUCUCUUACCCGCCUGACCCCGUCUUCUCUCUCCAAGUGUGUGACUGCCAGCGUGUCAGCCAGCGCUUCCAUGACCCAGCAGCUCCUGUCGGGUCGAGCUCCUCGCCCAAAGCCCUUCCGGGUCACAAAUGCUGACCGCAGUGUGAAGAAGGGUAUUAUGGCAGAUGUGCUGGAAGACCUGAUUAACAAGGUCAGCGAGUCGUUGAAUGUGCUGUGUGUCUGUGCCCUGGUGCUGGAUGAAGAUGGGACCUGCGUGGACACAGAGGAGUUCUUCCAGACGCUGCCUGAAAACACCGUCCUCAUGGUCCUGGAGAAGGGACAGAAGUGGACCCCACAACCGACCAGCCCCUCCAGAGAUCAGUUCAGUGAGCACAGGCUGGAGCACCGUAAAGAUGUGGCUAAGGUGACUUUUGACCUCUACAAGAACCACCCCAAGGAUUUCAUUGGCUGCCUGAAUGUGAAAGUAACCCUGUACGGUGCUUAUUCUGUGUCCUAUGACCUGCGCUGUUAUGCUGCCAAGAGUAUGCUGAAGGAGUUUCUGCGAUGGACCAUCUUCUCCAUGCAGGCCACAGGCCACAUACUGCUGGGCUCCUCCUGCUACAUCGAACAGCUGCUGGAAGAGGAGGAGCGAGCAGAGAAGGGCCUGGCGCUGCCACAGGAAACAAGCAGGAUCAGGCAGCUGCAGGGCAUGUUGCUGGGAAAGGCCUCCUACUGAUGAUGGACUCGAGCUGACGAUGGUGUAACGCACACUCUUAGAUUUAGCACACAAGGUUGAUGUAACAAGUGAUCUCUACAUGCUCAUCACUGUCUUCUGUGCAAUUUGGGGACAUGUCAGUCUCUUCUCACAGCCACUUUCUUACUCUGUUACAUUAGUCAUUCCUCAUAAAGCACUUUUACUGUUGCCUGACUUGUUGGGCUAUAACAUGUAACUUUUUCCUAUGGAGAUGAAUAAAUAAACGAACACUUUUUAUUUUC